GAGAGAGAAAGUAGGAUUCUUUGUCGUCGCUAGUCUUCCCGCUGCCAUCCUCGUCCGUUCUCCGGCUCUGUACUAGGUUAGUCUUCUUCGGCCUUGCUCUUCCAUGUCUUCCCAAUCCUCAGUCUUUCGUCGGUCCGCGUCCGAGCGCAAUGCUGAGGGUUCCAUCACAGGCUCUGCCCAGGAGAGCGACUCCCGCUCACCCUCUGUUGAGGAGAUAGUCGAGGCGGUUGAGAUCCCUCUUCAAUCCGAGCCUCGCAACCAGAGGCGCACCACCCUGGAGGACUCGGGGAUCCGAGCACGGAAGUGCACCCUCACGGUUGAGGAAUUUUGCAAGGCGAAACGCCUAGCCUCGGUUCCGGGUGAAAUCAUGCUCUCCAGCGCCGAGCGGAUGAAGCUCAUGUUCCCGGACGCUCCGAGCGGCAACUCCCAGGCUCCUACCUUGGGCGGCCGUCCCCCGACUCCACCCGUGAAGCCAACACCCGAGACAGCGCAGAAGAAGAAGAGGAAGGAAACGGCCUCAGCCGCCAAUGCUCUGCAGGGGUCCGAGUCCCCCAUGAUGAAGGACUUUGGCCAUCGUAAAUACGUCAAGGCAGCCUUCCCCGCUCGGGCGAUGAUGCGCAUGGCUUAUGUUGAGAUAGCCGACCUCAAUGAGGCGUUGAAGGCGGCCAAGGAGCAAGCUCGCUAGGCCGAAGAGCGGGCUCAGCAACUCGCGGAGGUGGCUGCUCGCAAGGCGCGCCAGGAGGCUCGCGAUCAGGCGGUGGCCUUCACCCGCAUGAAUGAACUACUCAAGGGCUG